AAAGUUAAAAUACUCGUUAUACCCCUAUACAAAAUUACAUUUUUAUCCCUGUUUUUACUCGGCCUGUAGUAGCGACAUUUCAGGGGAGCCGCAAAGGUUGGCUUCUCUUCCAUCGUCUAAACAUCAACACAAAUGUGAAUCCUCGGAUCUGGAGCCUGAGCCAUGGUUAGGAUUUCUGCAGCGGGAGAAUCUCUCAUCAGAGAUCUUCGAGAACAUUUCUUCUGAAAAUCUUGAACCAGCGGUGAAGAUCUGCAUGGACGAUCUUCAAUCGCCGUCAGCUGCCAUAAAACGCUCAGCCAGCGAAAUUGCACCUCUUGGCAAAGAAUAGAUCCGAAUACCGAGCACUAAUCGGUGAAUCCGGUGCCAUCCCAGCAUUGAUACCUCUCCUUUGUUGUACCGGUCCCUAGACACAAGAGCACGCAGUAACUGCUUUGUUAAACCUCUCUCUCCAUGAAGGGAACAAGUCCCCCAUCAUGAAUGCCGGAGCCAUAAAGCCUCUCGUCUACAUUUUGAAAACCCGUACAAAGGUGUCGAAGCAGAACGCCGCAUGUGCUCUACUCAGCCUCUCGUUAAUCGAAGACAACAAGGUUUUAAUCAGUGCUUGCGGAGCGAUCCCUCCACUGGUCUCUUUGCUCCUGAACGGAUCAAAUCGAGGGAAGAACGCACUUACGACGCUCUACAAGCUCUGUUCUAUGAAACAGAACAAAGAGAGGGUCGUUAAUGCAGGAGCCGUGAAACCACUGGUGGACUUGAUUUCAGAGCAAGGGAGCGGUUUGACGGAGAAGGUGAUGGUGGUUUUGAGCAGCUUAGCUGCAAUUCUAGAGGAAAGAACUGCCAUAGUUGAAGAAGGUGGGAUUGCAGUUUUGGUUGAAGCGAUCGAAGAAGGGUUGGUGAAAGGGAAAGAGUUCGCAGUACUGACACUUCUGCAAUUAUGCACGGACAGUGUACGGAAGAGAGGAUUAUUGGUGAGAGAAGGUGGGAUCCCGCCGCUUGUUGCGCUCUCUCAGACGGGCAUGACCACCGUUCGGUAGAAAUCCGUAGUGGUUCCAGACUUCCGCCGGACCUCCGACGUUCGGUAUUUGCAGCGACUGCCGUCGGUGACGAUAGCGAUGGCAGCCUGUCUGAGAGGGAAUUAAGUCAAAACAGGGAUAAAAAUGUAAUUUCGCAUAGGGGUAUAACGGGCAUUUUACUUUUUCCGUUCA